UUCCUGCCUUUUCCCCCAAAUGUGUUGUUGGUAUUUUACAAACAGAACGUAAUGGUUGUGAACCGACCAGAAGCAACCACUCUCUGUAGUCACAGCUAAAAUUUGAAGGUCUUACUGAUCAAGAUCGUCAAGAUCUCCGAUUGUCAGGCCUGAGAAGCUCCAAUCCGGAAGAUAAAGCUCGCGUUGUCUUUCUGUUUCAAUCUCUGGCUAAAUUAUAGUGGCGGGUUUUCUAUUCUCUUUAUAAACCCUUUCGAUGAUGUUCUGUUCUGGUUUCUAAUUCCUUCGCUUUAUGCCUUGAGGUUGGGGAUAUCGUUUUGCGUAAUUAAGAUUUUAGGAGGGUUCCAUCCCUUCGGGAUUCUUAUGGGCCAGCAGGAAAUAAAAAUUUAGUGAUGGGUUUCUGGAUUUCUUAGCAUAAAAGAUGCUUUCUUUAAGGAAUUUUUGGAGAAGACAUAGAAGGAAGGUUUUUGUUACGGUGGGGGUUAUAGGAAGUGGGUAUGUUUUUUAUAAGCUUUAUCAUGCUCACAAGCAGAGGCUCUCUGAUUUGGAGAGAGAACUUGAAGGCGGACGGGCAACAGAGGAACUCAUUAAGGCCCAACUGCAAGCCCAUUUUGGGAACAUUCAAAGAGUAGCAGAUUCAAUAACGUUGCCUUCUGCAAUGCAUUUUUUGCGUAGUCGGAUAUCAGAAGAGUUGGACCAUUCACACUUGACUGCGAGGCUAGAGCAGGGGAAGGGUCAGUCCAACACCCUUACCUCUUUGGAGAAGCGCCAACUAUGGGAAAAUCUCAAAAUUCUAAGUUUCACACGAAUGGUGUUGUCAUUGUGGGCGAUGACAAUGCUUAGCCUAUAUAUAAGAGUACAAGUCAACAUUUUAGGCAGACAUCUAUACAUUGAUACAGCCAGGGAUCUGGAAAGCUCCCAACUUCUGGAAGAAACAGACCCAUUUGACAGACACAGUCAGCAAGAGUUUUUAGCAGCUGCUGAUUAUCUUUCCGGUUACGGCAUUAGCACAUUGAUCUCAGACAUGCAGACAGCUGUAGCCGAAGUUCUCAAGGGAAAACAGCUGAGGGAUCUAUUAAAUGCUUCCCUACUUCAUGAAACCAUUGUGCAAAUACUGGACAUUUUCAUGAGUGUGGGGCCCCCUAAUCACUGGGUGAACUAUUUGAUGCCAGAAAAUGCUAUAUCAUACAAACAUCAAAUGCCAACAUCAUCUAGUGCGCUGCGUCCUGAUGUUACCAAGCUCGAUCAACUCAUGGUGGAGACACGGGCCGUCCUUCUGAGUGAUGAAUUUAGAAAUGUUAUCACUAUAUCAUUGAGAACAGUGGUGGAUGCUUUGAUGGAUGACUUUGGGUUACAAUUAGGAGGUGAUCCUUCAAGAGGAGUUCCCCUCGCCAAGCUGUUGCCUAGAAUUGCACAGAUUGGUCCUUUAUUGCUCGAGGAACCUGGUAGUAACAGGUUUAUUCAGAUCAUCAGAAGGUUGCCAGAAGUUGAAUUAUUUUACACUCUUCUUUAUGCAAAUAUGUCACCUUCAUAGAUGAGCCAAGAAGCCGAAUAGCAAUUGCAAUUCAACUUCCACUUUUUUAGGGGAAUGUACAAUUUGGAAGGAAAAUAAAGAGAAAGAUGAAUGUAACUUUGUGGAAAUUGUAGCUUCCUUAAAUUUUGUUGAUUACUCGGAUGUUGAA